AUGGCAGCAGCGCACCACGUCCUCCUCCUCGGCGGCAGCGGCAAAGUAGCCCAACUGCUAACGCCGAUGCUGCUGCAGCGGUCCUGGAACGUCACAAGCAUCAUCCGGAACCCGGACCAGGUCGCCAACCUGCAGAAGCUGGGCGAGAACCAGAGCGGCGGCAAGCUGAACGUCCUGGUGCGAAGCCUGGAGGAGGUCAAGAGCGACGCGCAGGCUCAGAGCUUGAUCGACGAGAUGAAGCCCGACUAUGUCGUCUUCAGUGCCGGUGCUGGAGGGAAGGGGGCGCCGGAACGGACAUUCACGAUUGACCGCGACGCCGCAUGCCACUUCAUCCGCGCCUCUGUGGCCACGCCGUCAAUCACAAAGUUCGUCAUGAUCUCCUUCACCACGUCGCGGCUCGCGAAGCCGUCCUGGUGGGACGAGGACACCUGGAAGGCAGCGCACAAGAAGACGCUCGACGCCCUGCCGCGAUACUACGAGGCCAAGGUCGCCGCAGACCAGGUGCUCUACGAGGAAGGGAAGAAGCGCUCGGAUUUCGCGGGUAUCUGCCUGCGCCCGAGUGCGCUGACCAUGGAGCCGAGUGGCAAAGUCACCUUGGGGAAGACGGUCAAGGCGACUGGGACCUCGAGUCGCGCUUCGGUCGCGAAUCUCACUGCCUUGCUGCUGGAGCAGCCUAAUGUCAAGAAUUGCUGGCUGGAUAUGUUGGAUGGCGAUGAGGAUCCUGAGGCGGCUGUUAAGCGUGACCAGAGUAAAACUCCUCGUACUGUGGAUUAA